CGCGCGCGCGAACCACCCCGGCCCAGCUCCGUGGGAAGCAGUGGCCCUGCUCUCUGUGCAAAGAUGUCCUACGGAUCCAUCGCUGGCAGUAGUGGCCUGGGGAGCCAGAGCCCUUUGGGGGGACCCUCCAGACAAGGCUGUCAGCCCCUAGAGUGCGCUAAGUGUUGGACCGAGUAUGGAAUCCGCCAUUUCCCCUGCCCGUCGCCAGGGAGCAGCCCGCAGGACCCCUGUGUGGGCAAGGAUGGGGAAGGCGACCUGGGGCCAGCAGGCACGCCCAGAGGCCCAGGGGCCAGGAAGCGAGGGCCGGGGGCCGCCCCCGAAGGCAGGGAGCCCACCUCACCACCCACCACCAGCCUGAGGAGGAGGGACUCUGCCGGCGGGGCUCACGGCCGGCUGGCAGGGCCCGGUGCCACGCGGGCCAAGAAGAGGAAGCCCAACUUCUGCCCGCAGGAGACGGAGGUCCUGGUGUCCAAGGUCAGCAAGCACCACCAGCUGCUGUUUGGCCCGGGGCUGCUGAGGGCCGAGCCCACGCGCAGGUACCGCGUGUGGAGCCGCAUCUUGCAGGCCGUCAACGCCCUGGGCUACUGCCGCCGGGACAUCGUGGACCUCAAGCACAAGUGGAGGGACCUGCGCGCGGUCGUGCGGCGCAAGUUGGGCACCCUCCGCCACGUGGCGCACGGUCCCGGCCGGCUCUGGGCCUCGGCCCUCACGCCCGUCGAGCAGCUGGUGGCCAGGACCUUCUCCUGCCAGGCCCCGCCCCCCGACGGCUUCAGCCUGGAGCCGCUCAGAGCCACCCAGGUGGCCCCAGGGGACCUGCAGGAGCUGUUCCAGCAGACGUCGGCCCGCAUCUUCACGAUCAACUCCAGCGUGACCUCCUUGGAGCAGAGCCUCCAGUCCCUGGGGACGCCGAGUGACACGCCGGAGCUGAGGGAGAGCCUGCACGCCGUGCAGCAGGAGACCAACCGGAGCAUCGAGGCCAGCGCCUGCGCCGUGAAGCAGAUGGCGGAGCUCCUUCAGGGCUGCUCCUGGCAGGAGCGCCUCCAGCUGGAGCGGCUCAGGACUCAGCUGUCAGACGGCCUUGAGCGCUACGGCGCCGCGCAGCAGAAAAUUGUGGAAAAGUCCAGAGUUCUGCUUCCCAUGGCGCAGAGGGGUGCCAAACAGCAGCACAGCCCCGGGGCCCCUUUUGCUGAGCUGCCUGACGAUGGAAAGAUCUUUAACGGACGUGACGGCCUGUGGCAGGGCCAGGAGCAGGCGCCGCUCCCGGAGAUCACCGAGGACGACGUGGAGGCCGUCCAGCUGCGCGGGGAGGCCAUCCUGCAGAUGGAGAGUGACUUGUUGGAUGUAAAUCAGAUCAUCAAAGAUUUGGCUUCCAUGGUGUCAGAGCAAGGAGAUGCCAUUGGGUCCAGCAGCGGCAGGGCCGAGUGCCGGCAGAGCUGCAGCCCAGAGCCAGCUGUGGUGGCCCCCCGGUCAGGGCAGGGGCGUGCACCCCUGCGGCAAGGCCCUCACUCCCGCACCAAGACGCGGAAGCCCAACUUCAGCCCCCAGGAGACGGAGGUGCUGGUGCAGAGGGUGGCCCGCCACUACCCGCUGCUGUUCGGGGCGCUGCGGGCCACGCCAUCCCGGAAGCACCGUGUGUGGAGCAAGAUCCUGCAGGCAGUCAACGCCCUGGGCUACUGCCGGAGGGACCUGGGCGACCUCAAGCACAAGUGGCGGGACCUGCGUGGGGCCGUGCGCAAGAAGCUGACGGAGCACCCGCCGGCCCCCGGCCUCGUCCUCACCCCUGUCGAGCGCAUGGUGGCCGAGACCUUCUCGGCCCCGGCCCCGCUAGGCGAGGGCCAGGCCACUGAGCCCCUGCCAACGGACGAGGAAGAUGAGGCCCCCAGCUGCCUGUGGCUACACUUGCGGACACUGGAUGGGCCAAGCCUGCCCGAACCUGACCCCCUGGACCUACGAGGAGCUGUCCCUGCACCUGCCUCCUCACCCUCCCCACCGACCUCCCCGGCCUCCCUAGCCGCGGCGCCCCCUGCAGCUGCAAUCCCAGGGGCCCUUGGACCCUCCCCACCCUCCCCACCCUCCACCGCGCCACCCCCACCCCCUGGGCGGCCCGCAGCAGAGGUGUCCGAGUUUGAGCAGCGGCUGCUGGACUCCCAUCGGCGACAGGGCGCCCUGCUGUCCCACUGGUUGCAGCAGCAGAGCGUGCUGAUGGCCCAGCAGAACCUGCUGCUGCAGCGCCUGGCCGAGCAGAGCCAGCGGCUGGCCGACGGCGUCGAGGCCCUCAACCGGACCCUCGGGAAACUGGUGGAGGCCUGCGCCGCCCGGGGAGCCUCACCCACAGUCCUGGAUGGCACCCCUGCUGGCGGGGUGGCCUCUGGGCCCAGCAAAGGCACCCAGGGCAGCCCGCAGGGCUCCCACCCGGGCCUGGAGGACUUCUCAGGGAUGAUCCUGAAGGUGGAGGAGGAGGUCUAGGGUCUGGCCCACAGAGAGCUGCACGCAGAGCAGGGACCCCAGCCCUCCUGAGAGGCAGGCCGGGGGACAGCAGGGCAGAGUUGGGGCUUCGGUGGAGCCAGCGAGGACACAGGACACACUCGCGCAGGGAGAGGCUCCGGAGCCAGUCGGCGGGUCCUGGACAGGAGUUUACUCAGGGACCUUGUGGCUGGAAGGGGCCAAGGGGCGCUGGCAGAGCCCGGCCUCACUCCCAGCCCGCGCUCUCACCGGCUUGCCGAGCGCCUUGGAGGACGGAGCCAGCACCCCCUGCCGCCACAGGGGCUAUAGCGGGCCCAGUGUCCCAGGCCUGGAGGGCUGGUUCAGCGGGGUGUCAGGCAGGCCCCCAGGGUGUGACCUGGAGGGCCCGCCGGAAGCCCCUCCCCCUGGAUGCGUGGACUCGGUGGGCUGGGCUCCUGCGCUUUUCUUGGUUCUGCCCAAGGCACCCACGUCUUGCAGCCGGCAGUCACCUCCGCCCAGCGUUAGACCAGGUCUGUGGACACUUCUGGGCAUAUGUGCCACCUAGUACUGUACGGGGCGGGAUCCCAUUUUGUACCUACUGAUUUUUCUUGCAAAAAGAAUUAUUUUUCCUACAUAAGCAUAAAAUAACAACGAGA